AUUCACUGUAGUCCUGGCCAAAGUAAAGCCCUCUUUUACAUUGACGUCAAGAUCUUUACUAAGAUUAGGGUUUCAUUUCUCUAUUGCAGCAAUUAGCCAGGGAAUGUAUAAAAGGCUUGAGGGAACCAAGCGAGGACUCCAGAGGAAAAGCACUUUGUACCACAGGCAGAUAGCGAGAGGCAGAGAGACGGAAGAGUGGCAGGGAGAGAGGCUGAGCAGAGCCAGCCCAGCCAGCGAGGGAAGAGCAGAAAGUUUGUGUGCAAAGACUUUCCUCUAGAGCCCUCCCUUGACAGGAAAAAAAAAAAGUAUUAUUUCACCUGAUAGCUCCGGUAAUAAAAGAAUGAGAAAACUACUGAAAUAGGAGAAAUUAGAGGAAAGUUAGCCUGUUCCGUUUCAAUUUUAGAAUUACAGGCAAUUGGCAGCCCGGCUGUCUCUCUCCCUCCCUCCUUCUCUCUCUCUGUUUAGAGGACUGCAAAGGGCUUCUGGCUACGUAAAAACAACAGUAGUUUGAGUUAGAGUUUUUGAAAAAUUAAAAGCAGCUCAGGGUGGAAAAACGUUCAUGUUGGCGUGGUGCUUCCCUUUUUCUUUUUUUCUUUUUCUUUUAAGCGGCUCUACUGAAGUGAGAACUGAGCCAACUUUGAAAGAGAGCUAACGGAGCACUAUGAAUUUUUAAAAAGCCCCUUAUGUUUUAUCAUUUUUUAUUAUUAUUGUUUUUCAUGAGGGCACACAAGGUAUGAAAAGGGAACUCAGAGGAACCCUUUGAAGAAGAAGAAGAGCAAGCAAGAUGGGCUUGUUAAGCAUUGACCUGUUGAUCACACUUCAGAUCCUGCCGGUUUUUUUCUCCAACUGCCUUUUCCUCGCCCUCUAUGACUCGGUGGUCCUCUUGAAGCACAUGGUGCUUCUUCUGAGCUGCUCCAAGGCUGCACGUGGUGAAUGGCGAAGGAUGCUCACAUCAGAGGGCUUGCGCUGCGUCUGGAAUAGCUUUCUCCUAGAUGCCUACAAGCAGGUGAAACUGGGUGGAGAUGCUCCUAAUUCCAAUGUCAUCCACAUACCUAAUGGCACUGUUGAAAGCAGCAGCAACUGCAGAUGGAAAAGCUCCAUGGGAAAAUAUGGUAGUGAAUGCCAUCUCUUAGACUUUGCCAAAUCGGACCGCCCACUUGUAAUCAACUUUGGGUCAGCUACCUGACCUCCCUUCACAAACCAGCUGUCUGCCUUUGGCAAGUUGGUGGAAGAGUUCUCUAGUGUAGCUGACUUUCUGUUGGUCUACAUUGAUGAGGCUCACCCAUCAGAUGGCUGGGCUGCUCCUGGUAUCUCAUCUUCAUUUGAAGUCAAGAAACAUAGGAACCAAGAAGACAGAUGUGCUGCUGCUCACCAGCUUCUAAAGAAGUUUUCUUUGCCACCACAGUGUCAGAUAGUGGCUGAUUGCAUGGACAAUAAUGCCAAUGUGGCUUAUGGAGUCUCUUUUGAGCGUGUAUGCAUUAUACAAAGACAAAAAAUUGCUUACCUGGGGGGGAAAGGUCCUUUUUUCUACAAUCUUCAAGAGGUUCAACUUUGGCUGGAGCAAAACUUCAGGAAAAGAUGAAAUCCAAAUUUACCAGAUAAGAAGUCAAGAGAACUGUACUUUUAAAAUAAUGCAAAAAGAAAAGUCGCAUUUUGUUUUGAAUAGGAUUUUUCUGCCUUUGGGGACAAAACAGGCCUAGUAAAAAGUUUAAAUGCACAAAGUGGUUACAAACAACAAUGAAUUCUUAGUAGCUCUCUGAAAAAGGAAUUGGGAUGUUUUUUCCUUUUCCUUUUUCCCCUUUCAUAGAAUAAGACUUCUGAGUUUUUUGUGCCAUGAGAUAGUAGAAGCACCCAAAACCAUUAUUUUCAGAAGGUUUAUGAAGAAUGAUAUAUCACACCCUGAGAUAAAAAUCACUUUCUCCUUCAGAAAUCUUCCUGUUACAUUCCAUCAUAGCAUGUUCAGAAUCGAAAGCUUGCCAGUAAUCGUGAAAUAAUUAUUUUAGUUUGUUGUAGUGAGGUACCAUUUGGUAGAUAUUCCGGAUUCCAGCAUCUUCUAUAAAUUGGAUAGUUAAUUGCCUUCUUAAUUGCUGAAAAUAAGAACUGGUAUUCACUCUGCUACAAUACUUUUUGUUUUUGCAAUGUAGUACAGCUUGCAAUUUCAAAAUCUUUUACUUUGAUUCUAACUCUUUCAGUGCUUCAAAGACAAAGAAUUCUGUAAGAGCAGGUUAUACCGUAACUCUGCAUUGCAUGAUUAAGCUGAAAUAUCUCCUAGCAACAGUCAUCAUGGAAAUUACUUGGGCUGUUCUGAAUGUUAGUUUAUAUCUCCCAAAGUGAAUUUCUUAAUAAUUUUGAAGUAGUGAAGACUAUUGUGUUUUGAGCCAAUUCAGAGAAUCUAGCUCAAAUGGAUUUCUACCAUUUGUUGUCUAUAAAAGAAAUAAUUUAUGAUGAAAAACUUGUCUCAAUCAAUUGACAGUUUCUUUUGUCUGUCCCAAACCCAAUUCUCGGAAUUUUGUGGUGAAAGAUCACUAUUAGACUUACUUUGUCUGGGCCUGGAUAUAUCCAGGGCAGUUGUGCAAUCAGGUGUGCAAUUGAGUUCUCCUAUCCAAUUCCUAUAACUGUUUUGUGAAAAGCAUGCUUCAGUAAAUAUCACUUAUUGCAAAAUAAAAAAUAAAAAAUUAGCUUGUGCUUUCUGCAAGCAUAAACUAAUUUUUGUCAGUAAGCUCUUCAGGUGAAAACCAUUAACACUUGAAGUAUUUUCUUUCAACUUAAACUUAGCCUUUAAGCAGUGGUGAAAUCCAAUUUUUUUACUACCGGUUCUGUGGGCAUGGCUUGGUGGGUGUGGCAGGGAAGGAUACUGCAAAAUCCCCAUUCCCUCCCCACUCUGGGGCCAGCCAGAGGUGGUAUUUGCUGGUUCUCCGAACUACUCAAAAUUUCCGUUACCAUUUCUCCAGAACCUGUCAGAACCUCCUGGAUUUCACCCCUGCCUUUAAGGGUCAUCUCAUGGCCACCUCGUUUCUCAUUAUCCCAUUAUUUGGGGGCGGGGACCCACAAGGAUUUCAGAGGGUGCAAACUACCUGUAAAUCUUCAUCCUUUGUUGAUUCCCACAUGAAGCUUUCACCUGGUAGAUCAUUACAAGGAACAUGGAAGUGGCAUGGGUUGGUACUUUGUAUUGGAUCACAUAAGGAACAAUCAUGAGAACAUUACCUUGCAUUUUUUUUUCUGCACUAAUGUCUGAGCGAUGUAUUGUAAGGUUAUCUCUGUGUAAGGAAAAAAAAAUAUUGUGUGUAUCACAAUCUUUUGGGAACGUAUCCAAUAUAGAAACAAACUUGUUUUAUGUUAAUCCUGGAUGUAUGGAUGGAAACUAUCAGGCUUACUUGCCUUUUUUUUUUUUUUUACAAAUUCAACAACAGUGUAGUUAAUAUUAGCUGUUAGUGUAUAAUUUUUUAAACAAUAUAAUUUAUUGCAUUUGAAAAUAGUGCAAGUGGUGUAUCUUUCUGUGAGGAUAAAGAAGACAAAAUGAAAAGGGGCAGACAUACUACUUUACUGGGACCGAGAUUUUAUUCAUUAAUUAAUGUGGUUAGCUUGAUGCAAUUCUUGUUGAUACAUUGUUUGCCCUUCAACCCAAUAACCUGAAAUUAGCUUUUAAUCACAUUAAUUUAAUGUGAAACAGAUUUCAGCUUUAGAACUGAUGAACUGCAGAGCAGUAGAAAGCCAAAUUCUUUGUCCACCUUCCAUUUAAAAAAUAAUAAUAAUUUCCUCUUAAAUACUAAUUUUGGCCUCAUAGCUAUUAUCCCUCUUCAUUUGCCUGUCUCUCUAUCCCACCCAUUAAAUGGAUGACAAAAAUGGAAUGACUGUUAAUGAAAUAGUUGGGAUGUUCGAAUUUGGAAGAAGAUGACAAAGUGGAAUGGUUUUGGGAGAAAGGCUGGGUGGUAUUUUCCUGAAAGAUCUUCUGCACAAAAUGCAUUGAAAUAAGUAAAGUGAGUAGAGUUAACACAAUGGAUCCAUUUGCUCAUUUUUAUUCAAAGUACAUAAAGAUUGUGAAAGAAAAGAGAAGGGGUAAAAGUCCUUUCCUGAGGACAAAACUCAGAGAAGGGCAAGAAAGCAUUAACAAGCAAUUAAGUUUUCACUGGUUCCUUAUAGUACCAUUGUUUGGAUAUUGGUCAGGAAUUCUUUUAAUACACAAUACAUAUUUUAGAUUAUGUUCCCCUCUAAUGAGAGGAUACAAAUUUGACAGUGGGGUAUGAAUGCUAUUUUUUCUGUGUCCACUUUUUUCUUUGCUUCUCUUUUACAGGUGUACAACACAUGGGCACACAAUUAUAGAGAAAGAUGUCAGAGGAGCUGAGAAUGAAUGUACUAAAAAGCUGACAGAUGGAGGAUGAGGAGGUGGCAUAUGUUGUUACAGUUUGAAAAAUUUAAAGGCUUGGUGAAAGUAUAGAGGCAGACAGUUGCAGGAAAGUAGUAUUUUAAUUUAGGAUGGGGAGCAUUGCUAAAAUAUGAAAUAAGCAAUCAUUAACAUAAAUGAAAUGCCCAUCUUUUCAAACAGUAACCUGUUGUCAGGGACGCAAAACAUAUUUCUUAGCAAAUAAUUUCAGUGGCAUUCUUUUAAAAAUGAUCUUCCAGUGAACCAGUUUUCCUAAUGUUUCUCUUAAAUUGUUUUUUUUUUUAGUUCUCCUUACUUUGCCAUUAUGACAUACAGGUAGUUCUUGACUUAUGAUUGUAAUGGAGCCUGCAAUUUCUGCAAUAUGGCAUGUUGAUUGUAAGUCCAGGUCACCAGAGGACAGACCCAAUUUUAACACCAUUUUUGUGGCAGCAAUUAAGUAAAUGUGGUGGUCAUAAAACAAACUCUGAAACCAUUAAGUGAAUGCUACAGUUAUUAAGCGAAUGCUGUAGUUCUUAGGUGAACCAUUGUCUGCAAUGGCAGUUUUUGCUGGAAACCAACCGUAAAUGCUGAUUUCUGGCAAAAAAAAAAAAGUAUAAA